GUCACGCGCAGUCUGAUCUCUGGCCUCUCAAAUUUUAUCCCGUAAAAUAAAAUGCAACGAGUGCUUCCUCAAUGCCGUGUCCCCUCUUCAGAGCUCCCUCCGCCUCUACGUUUCAAGAGAAAUGGCAGGAUUCAGUUUAAAGUCACACCGAUAACAGCAAAGAGAUCAAGCAACGGAGAAAAAAAAUCUCAAACAAAUGAAUCCAGCUUAUUCUCCACCCUUAAAAUCUCAAGAGCCCUUGCUGUCAAGUCUGCCACCGUAAUCUUUGGGCUGGGGUUUGUUGAUGCAGGGUACAGUGGAGACUGGUCAAGAAUAGGAGUGAUUUCUAAAGAGACUGAAGAACUUCUGAAGAUGGCAGCUUAUGGAAUCGUGCCUUUGUGCGUGUUAGUUGCAUCUUUCAUAUCUGAUGAAGAGUAGGCUUCGUAAAUAUACAGUGUGAGCUAUUGAUGUGAUUUUAAUUAUAAUGGUUGAGGAUUGUAUCUUCUAUGCGUAUCUAAUUGAGAUUGUUUGUGUUGGUUCUUAGAUGCAAGCCCAUUUAAUAGAA